AUGUCAGAUGUUGGCCUUCCACCUUUAAUGUGGGCCUAUUUACAACCAGCGGUAUUGAGUAGCCAUGGAAGCUCUAUGUCUCCUUCUGUUGCUACUCCUAUUGCUACUCCUAUUGCUACUCCUACUCAUAGUGAACAUGAGUCCGAGGACUUCUUCAGCUCAGGCUCUUCAUCCGUCGUCUUCGUGUUUCCAGAUACUAUUGCAUUCGACCAUGUCAGAGAUAAAUGUCACCACGCAUUUGAUACGUUACCAGUAUCACAGAUCAAAAUCGUAGGCUUUGAGUCGUAUUUGAUCGAACAGUGGAUGUGCAGUAGACAGACCAAGAAUCAGAUAGUCAUCUAUACUGGUAAUCUUAGCGAUACCGUGGUGGCAUAUCGUCUUGAGAUCGUCAACAACCGCUCAAUAUGGCCGUCCAGUUUUCGUCAUUAUAUUGACGAGCUAAGUCGUUCAAAACAUUCUUUCCCUACUCAAUCUGAGUACGGUACCAUCUAUGUGACCAACGUGGCUCAGCUUGACGCUUCUUUAUCAUUAGUCCCCGUCCCUAGUGGAAAUCUCAAAGAUGUUUACUCCUGCUAUGUUGUCAACCAUGACCUAAAGCGUCUCGGUUGUGGUUCUAGAUCUGCUACUGUCAUUUCUAUUCCUCCUAAACCAGUUGAGGAUAAGUUCAAGUCCACUUUCCACAUUCCUCAUGAGGUCUCUUUGGACUAUGCAGUCAGAGAGUUCGUUAUCGUCUUACAAACAUUUCUCUACUACUACGGUUUUCUAAGGCCCCAAUUUUGUGACGGUCUUUACUGCGAUAAAACUGAACUUGCACUCUCCCAAUGGUGGAGAAUGGUCUCCGAUAUAAAGUACUGCACGUCUCUUUUGAAGCGACGGCCUCCUAACUGUACCCUAGCCAUUUCUGUGCGCAGUGUAAUUGGAUUCACCUUAUUUAUAAGGACUCUGCUCGAUCUAGGUAGCAACAGUUUUAUAACUCCAAAGGACGUUAUGGAUGCAAGAGGAUUCCGACUGUCAAUUCUUCUAUUUCAAAAGUCCCAAAAGAUUUAUAGAGAGAAAUCUCAUGAAGCAUUUUUGGACCAUGAAACGCUUGUGAAGCUUUUUGAAUGGGCAAAAACUGUCAAGACCAACCAAAACUUCGCAAAGGACUUAACCAAGGUGAAGAAUAUGAUGAAAAACACCGUCAUGGACUUUGCCUCGGCGAAGAUGAAGGAAACCUUUGCAGGAAUAUCCCCAUCUUCUAAAGAUGCUUCUAAAAAAUUCAUUGACUGUCAAGAUUUUGAGCAAUUUCUCUUGCUUAACCUUGGCAGGCAAUUGCAGUACCUUUUCCUUGGUAAGGGUAGACCCAUUGAAAUCAAUAAGAUUUCUUUGGCUGCCGAAUACAGACGUCUUCAGAAAACGUUGUUGGGGCCUUCUGAUAAUAAGGUCAAUCAUGGCAGAUUACAGAUGACCUCAUCCAAUGAUUCUAACGGACCUAGUGCAUCUAAUGAAUGUCGCGGGCACUAUGACGAAUUGCCAACUUCUCGUGAUAGAAUAGGUACCUAUGGUACUAAUGUAAUUUACGAUCACAAUGGUACGGGUAUAAUAGAUCAUUCGCAUGGUCAAAAAGGCUCCGGCGAGUGUCCAUAUUCUUAUCGUCAGUUAUGUCGGGAAGAUGCAGAAGGAUUGAUAUUUGAGAAGAGGCUUAAAAGACGUCAUAGCAUUCCAUCGAUAGAAAAAGAGGCCAAUAUUUAUGGUACAGAGAUGGAGGUUCUUCGGAGCGCGAGUGAUAUCAAUAAGGGCGUGCUUUACUCCUCGUCUGGAAAGCAUGCCUGUGCUUUGAAGAGAUCAAACUCGUUUUCCUUGGUAGAUGAAUCACUUGAAAGUGGAGGUACAGACUGCUUUGAAUGGAAGGGAACCAUCGAUAGUAAUAUGAUUACGAGUGAAUGGUUAGCAACUCAGUACAUUUACCUAUUGAGACAGUUCAAAUUGGGAGUAUUACAGAAAGCGGCCGAUCUCAAAAAUGAGGUUGCCUCAUCAAAGAUUCAGUUUAUGAAGGAGAUUCGAUUGGAUCGCGUUUUAGCCAAGUACAGAAACACACAGAGUGAAUACACCAAAACUGUGUCCAGGUAUUGUGAUCUCAACGAUAAGUUCAAAACCAGCUAUAAGAUAAGUGCCCGGUUGAAGUAUGAAUUGAGAUUAUUGUUGCAGAAAACUAAAGAGGUGGAGACGAAUCUCAAGUCAUUGGAAGACAUCAACAUUCAGUCAUUGGAACAAACCAUCAAGAAAGCAGCAGCCGAUUUCCAUGUAAAAGCAGAGAAGUCGCAGAAUAUGGUUCAACCCUGUGAUAGGUAUAAUCAAGUUAGUGAUCCAAACGAUCUUGAAUGGAAAACCAUCAUUGCAAAACCUUAUCUCAUCUUCUACAUCUUCGUAUGUUACAUAAGAUGUCUCUGGCUGAUGUAUUUUGAAAACAGGGCCGUGCUUAGUUCCGGCGACGAAUCCCGGGCGUUCCAGAAGUUGUUUCAACAAAUAUAUAACGGGAAAGGUUCUGGCCCUAAGCACGAUUAA